CCGGUGAGGCGGCGGUAAGAUGGCGGCGGCGGCGGAGCGCGGCGGCAGCCCCUCGCUGUCGGCGGGGGAGGAGGAGCCGCCGCUGGGGCUUGACUCGCUCGUCGAGGAGGCGGCGGCGGCGGCGCCGAGCGCCGGGUUCCGGCUGACGGCGGUGCGGCGGGAACCGGCGGUGCGGUUGCAGCACGGCGUCAGCGGGCUGGAGCCGCUGGCCUGGUCGGAGGACCACCGGGUGUCGGUGAGCACGGCCCGCAGCAUCGCCGUGCUGGAGCAACUCAGCGACGUCCACAGCGGCGGGCAGGAGAUGGUCAUCCACCGCACGGCCGUGCCCGCGCCCUCCGCCGCCUGCCUGCUCAAGGUUGGUCCAAAAAAGGAAGUAGCUGAAUGUAAAGAAAAGUUCGCAAGUUCAGUGGAUCCAACAGUUAGUCAGACUUUUAUGCUAGAUCGAGUAUUCAAUCCCGAGGGGAAGUCACUGCCACCCAUGCGAGGAUUCAAGUAUUCCAGCUGGUCACCGCUGGGCUGUGACGCCAACGGGAGAUGCCUGCUUGCAGCCUUAACCAUGGACAAUCGAUUGACCAUCCAUGCAAACCUCAACAGACUGCAGUGGGUGCAGCUGGUGGACCUGACAGAGAUCUACGGGGAGCGUUUGUACGAAGCCAGUUACAAACUUUCUAAGGCUGAUGCUCCCAGGGGAGAACUGGGAGACUUCUCUGAAUUUCAGCGACGGCACAGCAUGCAGACUCCAGUGCGCAUGGAGUGGUCGGGCAUCUGCACCACUCAGCAGGUGAAACACAACAACGAAUGCCGGGAUGUCGGUAGCGUGCUCUUAGCAGUACUCUUUGAAAACGGUAACAUUGCAGUUUGGCAAUUUCAGCUUCCAUUUCUGGGUAAGGAAUCAAUUACUUCUUGCAAUACCAUAGAGUCCGGAAUAAAUUCCCCAAGUGUGUUGUCCUGGUGGGAAUAUGAACAUAACAACCGAAAGAUGAGUGGACUUAUAGUAGGGAGUGCUUUUGGACCGGUUAAGAUCCUUCCUGUCAACCUAAAAGCAGUCAAAGGCUACUUUACGCUGAGACAACCUGUAGUCUUAUGGCAAGAAAUGGACCAGUUACCAGUGCAUAGCAUCAAAUGCAUUCCUCUUUACCACCCCUACCAGAAAUGUAGUUGUAGCUUAGUGGUGGCUGCAAGAGGAGCUUACGUGUUUUGGUGUCUCCUGUUGAUAUCCAAAGCGGGUCUUAAUGUCCAUAAUUCCCACGUGACAGGGCUUCAUUCUUUGCCGAUUGUAUCUAUGACUGCGGACAAACAGAAUGGCACAGUGUACACGUGCUCCAGUGAUGGAAAGGUAAGGCAGCUGAUUCCUAUAUUCACAGACGUUGCUUUAAAGUUUGAGCACCAGCUGAUUAAGCUCUCGGAAGUGUUUGGCUCUGUCAGGACUCAUGGAAUAGCUGUUAGCCCGUGUGGGGCGUACUUAGCAGUUAUCACGACAGAAGGGAUGACUAACGGUCUGCACCCAGUUAACAAAAACUACCAGGUUCAGUUUGUAACCCUUAAGACUUUUGAGGAGGCAGCUGCGCAGCUCUUGGAAUCUUCUGUUCAGAACCUUUUCCGGCAAGUGGACUUGACAGAUCUUGUACGCUGGAAAAUUUUGAAGGAUAAGCAUAUUCCUCAAUUCUUACAGGAAGCACUGGAUAAAAAGAUUGAGAGCUGUGGUUCUACUUACUUCUGGCGGUUUAAGCUAUUUCUCCUGAGGAUUUUGUACCAGUCAAUGCAGAAAGCUCCCUCAGAGGUCAUGUGGAGACCGUCACAUGAGGAUGCAAAAAUCUUGAUAUCGGAUUCCCCUGGGAUGGGCAGCACUGAAGAUGAUCAAGAGGAAGGAACUUCUAAACAAGCCAGCAAGCAGAGCCUAUGUGACACAGGCAAAGGUAUGGACAUAGAUGACACUGCAGAUGAUUCUCUUCCUCAGUCAAGUGACAUAGGAGGCCGUGAGCCAAUGGAAGAAAAACUUCUUGAAAUACAGGCACAGAUUGAGGCAGUAGAAAUGCACUUGACACGAGAGCACAUGAAACGGGUGUUGGGAGAAGUUUAUCUACACACAUGGAUUACAGAAAACACCAGUAUUCCCACCAGAGGAGUCUGUGACUUCUUAAUGUCCGAUGAUGGCUAUGAUGACAGAACAGCACGAGUGCUGAUUGGGCAUAUCUUAAAGAAAAUGAACAAACAGACUUUUCCAGAGCACUGCAGCUUGUGUAAAGAGAUCCUGCCAUUCACUGAUCGCAAACAGGCAGUCUGCUCCAAUGGACAUAUUUGGCUCAGGUGCUUCCUAACCUACCAGUCCUGUCAGAGUUUGGUAUACAGGAGGUGUUUGCUUCAUGACAGCAUUGCACGGCAUCCAACACCAGAAGAUCCUGAAUGGAUCAAGCGGUUAUUGCAAGGACCUUGCACGUUCUGUGAUUCUCCUGUGUUCUAGAGAGAAGCUAUGUAAAAAUCGAAAAUAUUUUCUCUACUGCAUAAACUCCCUUCAGUCUGGAAGGGUAUAGAGCACAGGAAAACAGACUUUACUGGAGGGGGAAGACAUUGUCCACAACCCUGUAAAUAGAACAUCAGACGUUCUAGAAACUCCUUCAGUCCAGAGCCUGUUCCAUGUUCCAGAAACAGGAGUACAUCUGGAAGAGUGAGUUUAUAAAGCGGUUUGGAAAUGCACCCCGUUGAAGCAUUAGCAGCUGCACACGCUUCCUUUUACUGAAAAGGAACUGAAGUCUUAAGCACAUGGUGUGAACUGUCCUUUCUGCCUGACAGCUGUGUGAUUUCCCAAAGGCUAGGACGGGAACAGCGGAGCUGCCUCUUGAGUGGUCUUGGUGGGUAGAGAAGGCUUCAGCUUGUAGUGCUCUCAUUUGCUUUUUAACAAGCACUGGCACUUGCUGCAGAAUAUUAAACUAUCAAAAUAAUUUGUGGUUCUAAUUUCUUGCAGAGUGAAGCCUAUACUAGUUACAGCCAUAGGAAAGAAAUUGGCCAUUAUAUUAGUUUCACUUUAAGUCUAGAAAAAUAACUGCCUCUUAACUGUUAUAACAGUAUUACAGUCAGAAGGGUAAUAUUGGCUGCCUGGGUCAAAUAUGGAUCAGUAAGAAUAAUUUUUAAAUGUAAUAAUUAUUAAACUAAUAGCAAUUAAACACUAAUAUAUAUAAUUUCCAAUGCUCCUAAGUCUCUUGCCCACUUUCUUUUUCUGAACUGAGUUCUAACUACUUCCUAGCUUUUGCCAAUGUGUAUGCCUUUUGUUUCACUUUACCAAAAGGAGUCAUCUUUUCUAGUGUAACUUAGUCACCAAACCCAUUACCAAUUUACCUUAUUUUCAUUUAAAUCGAGAGUCUCCCUCAUACAGUAACUGAGUUUUACAGAAGUUUGACACACAAGUAAUCACUCCCAGCUGACAGUUUCUCUUUUCUUAAUAAUGCAGUAAAAAAAAACCCAGACAAAACACUUCCAAACCUGAACACCACCGUGGCUGACGUGUUACAGGUAAAGUUUCCACAGGUGGUCAUGGAGUCUGGUAAAGCUGUUCUUGUAUAACCCCAACUUUAUCAUCAAGAGAUUCAUAAAUACGCCAAUGAUGUAGCAUGGCUGAGCCCAGAAAUUUAUUCUGCCUUUUGACUGUCCUAUCGGAAAAAAACAAUCUUUUUCUCUUUGGCAUCUAGUUCCUAUGGGGAGCAGGAGAAUCCUUUUCAACUUCCUAUGCAGUGUUAGAGGAAUAAUACCUCCAAAAUGUGUAUGAUUAUUUGGUACAGUUUGUCUUGUUAACUUAAAUCCACGUUGUCGAAUAAUCCAAAGUUUAUGUAUUUACAUUCUUCAAAGUCCUAAUCUGGACACUUAGAUGUGUUGCCCUGUUUGUGAUUCAUGACACUUCUAAUUGUGUGUGAAGUGCUCUACAGCUAUUUGAGAAAUCGAGGAAUUGUCCUGACGGUAUCAGUCUCCAGCAACGCAUGUGUGGAUUGGUGCUUAAGUUUCCUUGAUUCAGUGACUAUGCAUAUUUUCUUAACGUUCCUUCACCUUUAGUAGGAGCAAAUAUUAUUUCAACUAACAUUAAAACAAGUCAGCUGUCCUUACUAUUCAGUGUUUCAUGCAUUAAGCAUGAUAGUGCUUCAACUGAGAAUAAUGUAGUAGCCUAGAACAGCAGAAGCACAUUCAUCUAUAAAAUAAUCAGCCUUGUUUGUAAAUAUCCUUGGAAGUGAUACCAUAAUUGUAUUAAAGAAAUGUUUAGUUUUUUAUUGCUGUGCAUUGCAAAUUGAAAUUACUUCAGUGUGUCUACUAAGAAAGAAAAUGUAGAUCAUGAUAGCAUCUAGUAAAACAAAGAGUAACCUUGAUACCUAAUGUGUGCGUAGUUUGGGGGCCAGGUACUGUACCUGGGGCAGCAUUUAUCUUCUUCCCAGUGUUGAUGGGCUUUGGGGGGGGGAACAGAACAUCAAUUUCCAAGAGGAACUGAACAGGUUUAUUCAUGGUGGUAGAAAAAAACCUUUUACGUGGAAUCUGCAAGUCCUUGUUCAGGCAGGCCUGACCAGUUCAUGAGUAAGUGAUCAGAUUUGGAAAUUCACCUAACUCUGGAAAAGGUGGGAGAGCUCUCCAGAACCAUGUGUAAGCGCUUUUAAAAUAAGUCAAAGAACAUUUCUUUGAUAUUGGCUUAGAAACCUUAAUAAUAUCCUGUUCUGCUGAAAUGUUUAAGUCUGGCUGACCAAAAGGUUCAGCAUGGUAUCAUUAGAUUAAUUCCCAGUGAUUACUUAUAGCAAUUCUCUUGAAUUUCCUUGGAUUGAGUUUUAAUGCUUUAGACAUGUAGAAGCUUUAGUACACCUAGCAUUAAUGUUGCAGCAUUAAUGUUUAUUUUCCUUGUCUUUCAAGGCAGUAGAUACUCAGUAUACCAUUGCCAGUUUAUUUAACCUGAUUUAUGACUGCUGGGAGAAUGGAAUUUUAAAGCCAAUGAUGUCGGCUUUGUCUGCAUGCCAGUGGAGAUCCUUUAGCACAAAGCUUUCACUUCUCACCCUGACCCAUUCACAACAGGUAAAGAGGUAUUGUGAUUUAAUUUUUUUUUUUUUAACCGUCACUGGUCCCUAAGUGUAUUUUUAACUAGUGUAGGCUCAAACAGUACAGCAUAACCCAGACCAGUAACAUUUAACCUCUGAUGCUGAUCUUACUGGACUUUUCUGCGCAGCUAGCAGCUCAGAGACUUCCUUCAGGAAACCUUUUAUCCGUCUUGGACUCAUGACUUGUAGUUCUGGGAAUGUGGAGGUUAGUCCCGUUCCUGCUGGAGUACUGUAACACCCUGAAGGGCUGCAGCAGCACCUUGAUGCAUUAUCCCUCACGUUGUCUAAUCAAACCCCUUGCUUUCAGGCCACGUGGCGAAGGUGAGCGGGUGAGGAAGGUACGAGCACCCGCUGCCAGAUCCGUGUGUUAUUUUGCCAUUAAGAGAGCUGCCUUCUCAAACUAACACAGAGGGGAGCUAUCCAAUAUUAAGGCUCAGUCUGUUCUGAGACACCGCGUGAAUUAUUCAAAGAAUAAAUCCUGCAAAAUCAGAGUUUCUCUCACUAAGUUUUUGCCCUAAGUUUUGGAAGAUCUCUCAAACAAGUGAGUAGUUGGAGGCUUUCCUGAACUGCUUCACCAUUUGGUGGCUGUUCAUGGUGCCUCAUCUCCAGAGGAAAAAUAAUGCUCCAGCAGAGAGACUAUGUGGUUCUUGAUGCAUUGCUGCUUUUUUUUUUUUUUUUUUUUUAAGACUUGUGGUACUUGCUCCCAUAUCUGAGAAUUAAUAGCCAGAGAUGCUGUGUUCUAUGUCUGAAGCUAAUGCAUCAUUGUCCUUGAUAAGUAGCUUCUGAUAGCAUUUAAGAUUUGCUACUCAUGCUGAUAAGAGUUUAUCCCUCCUCCACUGGGAUGAAGAAAUCCAGGCUAAUUCAGGUUCGAUGGAUAAGCAGAACAGCUCUGGAUUGUGCAGCUUCUUAGUGCCUUGGUGCUAGAUGCCAUUGCUUGAACUAAGGUGAAAGUUUGGGGUCAUGAGAACUCUGUCCUGGGUCUCCAAACUACACCCACCUCCUGCUCUGGAAGCAGUGACAGUGGAACUCAUUGCUGCCUUUUACCUCAGUUCAGCUACAGGUUGGGGUUAUAAGUCAAUCAUCCUUUCCUUUUGUAUGUUCCCCCAUCCCAUUAAUCCUACUGUAUAUUUCUAGAAAGGAAAUACUAUGGUUGCUAAUACAUACAGGCAAUAAAUAUUUCCCUGAUUUGCUUAACCUUACCAGGUUUUCUACUGGCUAAUGUAUCAUCAGUGAUUAUGGGCAACAUAACACUGUUUAUUCUAUCCUCAUUAAGGGUUUCUUGACAUAAAAGAACUGAAUGCAAACAUUUAUAGUCCUAGUUAAAGGCUAACAAAUCACACUUGUGCUGUUAUGCCCUAAACUAACAUUUACAGGAGACUUGUUUGUACAAGUCUAAUUUCUCAAACACAGACCCCUUCCUCUAUGACCUACCCUGGGUGUGAAGCAGUGGCCUUCCAGCCACCAUUGCAGGAGCCUCAGUUGCCACCUACAGGUACAGCACCAGGGAGGGGACGAGGGAGAGCACCGGGGUUAAUCACUGAAGCUGUUGCUCUUUUAACAACAUCUGAACUUUGUGUUCGAGACAGAUGUGCAAGGCCAGUUAGACAUGUUGAUUUUCUUCAAGGGGCAGGACAGUGGCUGCGGGAAGAGGAAGGUACCUCUUCAUUCUCUUUGCCUUUCUGCACGAGGGGAGCUGCGUAUGUCAGUGAGAGACCACGUGUGCCUGCUUCCUGCUGUCGAUCACGAUAAAGUGCUGGCUGGCAUUUUACAACCUAGUUCAUGUUUAUUGAAUUCUUCCUGGCGGUCACUGUCUAAGUGUGUACUUAGUAGCAGUCCAAUACUUCGCAAUAUAAUAAACUUCAAAAUCUGUUACUACAGAGCCCUAGUUCAUAUUUUUGCCCCUGGAAGUAAGGGUGAUAGUAAUCUUAGCCUCAAAAAGUUGGUAGUCAUGGCAAAAGUCAGAUUUAUAGUAAGCAUCUAAACUAAAUGGAAGAUGAUGUUUAUGGGUUCUCAGUAAAUAAAGGUGAGAUGCUCAAAGUGGGUAUCAAUACGACAUCUGUCCUCAUCCCCCUCAUAAUCCCUUUUGAAGCUUUCUGUAUCAGGCCUGUAAACAUGCAAAUUACGCUGGUUAUACUCCAGACUUACACUGAGAUGGGUAGGGUUUAUUCUUUAACCAGAACAAAUGAUACAAAUGGCUGUGUGGAGAUGUCUGCUGAUGUACAGCUCCACUGGUAAAUACCAGGUUGGAAAGCUGCUUUUUUUUUCCCCCCUCUGUGGAUAAACAAGGGCAGUUUGAGUUUGGCUCUAUUCAUCUGGAGUCCUAGUCCUGUCCAAGGCGCAGGAAACUUCACAAGAGGGAGUCGAGCUGCCUCUUGGAAGUCUCAGUCCAGGAUAGUUUUUCACAACUUGUACAGCAAUGCCCACAGAGCUUUAGUUUUCACUUCUAAUGGAGGAGGGCCUCGUAUACAUACUCUCACUUAAAUUUCAGUACUAAUCUUUGGCUGUCCUCAGUUCUAACUCAUCCUUUACACCGGAGAUGUUCCCAGACCCUUGGUGUCAGUUGGAAUGCUCUUAUUCUGUCACUGUUUUUUUAAUGCUAACUCAGUUUUUAAAGCUCUUCACUCAAAAGACCUGGAACUCCUGCUGCUCUGCCAUGAUCUGGGUAGUGACCUCAGGAGCUUACAGCUGCCUAGGGAUGACUGUUCUCAUUUUUGCAAUGCAGCAGGUACACGGGGCACUUACUGGCAUUAACUACGCUACAGUUUGGGGCAGAAAGUGGAGUAAUUCCCUGUGCUGUCCUAGGCUGCAGCUGAAUCAACCCAAAGGUGAAUGUUGGAGCACCUUCAUCCCAGGAGGACUCAUGCACUGCUGAGAGCCCACAGCAGGAGUUGCCAGUCCUGCAGCAUUCUUAUUUAACACGAAAUUGGGAGGCCAGCCCUGAAAAGGGAAAACCCAAGAGCCAUUCAAAUGGAACUGCAGAGGAGAGUUUAAUUUAAUUACUCCACUAAUCUACUUGAUCUCUCCAUGCUACUUCAAUUCUGUUCUGGGGUGUGAGUGUAGCUGGCUGACCACACGGUCACCAGGCUGAAUGAAAAGCAAAGUUGAGUUUUAAUCUUUAGUUUGUUUUUUUUCCUUUGAGAUGUAGUUCCCGGAAGGGUCUGACAAAGUUGCUGUGAAUAUUGAUGCUGUGUAUAUGGCACAUUUUGUAAACGUGAAGCAAACCUGGAUGAAUGUUUUGUAUACUGCAACAGUAGCAUUGUAAUCCUGCUCCUUUUUUAUUCUAAAUAAAUAAAUAAAGUA